AUGUCGGUUACAAGCAACAACGCCGAAGGAUCGGUUGACUAUACAUCAUCUUCGCCACAGCCUGGCAGCAUAAGCAGAGACAACAGAGUCGGCAUUUCUCAUAUCACGCACGAGGAGAAUGACAGUGGGGUUUCAUCCCCAUUGGAGAAUAGGAGGAGACUGCAACGUCAGGGAUCCGAGUAUGAGGACGAUCUUGAUCAAGAUCACGAAUAUGGCUCAGACCUGCCUCAAUCCCAACAGUCAAAUAAAAGAACGAAGGUGACAAGAAGGUCAAUUGCUUGUAAAAGUUGUCACGCAUUGAAGGUUAAAUGCACCCCGUCUGACCCCGAGGACCCAAGUAAGCCCUGUAUUAGAUGUGUCAACGCCAACAGAAGGUGUGAAAUAGAUCUCAACCAAACAAGAAAACGCAGAAAAAAGUCCGAGAUUCUUGAGGCAAAGAGAAGAGAAGCAGAAGAAAAGCUUAAGGAGGAAGGUGACGAUCGUGUUGCAGCUGCUGGAGCUCCCACCAACUCUGAAAAAUCAUCACACAAGAGAGGUAAAGCCAACCCCAAAACAACAUCAGCUAAUUCUCCAGUACACGCGUCUCAAAAUCGCAAUCAUAACUCGACUGUGCCGCCCAUAUCUAGCAACUUGAACCCAGCAAACCCUCGUUCGCAAAAUUCAUCUCCAACAAAAUCAACAAGCGAUGGUGCUAAUAGUCAACCAAAUUUGUCAUCACCCCAUUUACUGAAGGACGAAGAGAUCGCUGCUUUGAAACAAAGAAUCCUCACAUUAGAGACGCAAUUGAACCAUAGGAAUCAUUUUCAUAGAAAAACACAUUCCGAUUUUCAACCAGAAUCUUCUUUAGAAAUGUUUUCUCCCCCAUUUGUUUCCAAGUCGGACCUCGAACAAGAAAUAACAACUUUGGCUGAAACGUCGUCAAAGUUGACUGAUUUAACAAAUGAGCUCAACAACUUGGCAAACAAAAGAACAAGAAUGUUGAAAAGCGAUGUCGUACCAGACGUUGUUUCCAAGGGGUUUUUAACCUUGCCGGAAGCAGAGAGAAGACUACAGUUGUACAGAAGCAGAAUCCUUUCAUUUUUGCCCUUCAUAGACGUCCCAGCCGAUGCGACCGCAGAUACUUUACGCAAGGAGCAACCGUUUUUGUUCAAUGCAGUGAUGGCAGCAAGUAACGUAGUCGAUACCACGCUGACCCAGUCAGAGAUUGACCAUGCCCUACUCGUGGACAAUGAAGCGAUUAGGUCUGUUUGUGAUGAAGUAAUGGUUGUGGGUAAAAAGACGGUGGAGUUGAUAAAGAGCAUGUUAGUUUUGACAUUGUAUUACAAUUCACCAGAAUUGUUCCGACAACGCCGAUACCAUUUGCUAAAUAACAUUUGUGUUUCUCUUUUACACGAUUUGGGAAUAGUCGCGAGACCCUCGUAUUCAUUUGACAAUAAUGACGGUUCAUUGAAAAAGAAUCCGGAGCAGAAAACCAGCGAUGAGUACAAGUCGCUAGUGUUGAUCAUAUAUUUCAGUACGGUCAGCAUUUGCCUCAUACUUAGAAGAGCUAUAUAUAUCAAGUGGACACCAUAUGUUGAAGAGUGUUGUGUAGCUCUUGAAAAUUCCCCGGAGAUGAAGUACCGAAAAUUGGCCUUGUUUGCCAGGAUAAACGCCGCAUUGGAGAAAAUACAUCAUAUUAUUCAUUCACCUGAAGUUAGUGAUAGAAGAAUUUCCAGUUCCCAGUAUAUGAUUCAGGAGUUGCAGCGUCAAUUGAGCGAAUUGAGAAAGAAAAUCGAUGAUGAUGACCAUGUUUUCUUGUCGUAUCUAUAUUCUGUCGAAGCAUACUUGCAUGAGCCCAAUUUGAGCUACAUUUUCAAGCCAGAGGAGUCGCAAUUGAGCGCAGCUGCAGUCAAGGCCAUUUCAAAUUGCACCAACUCUUGUCUCGCAGCAUUGAAUGAGUAUAACAAGUUGAGCUCGGAUCAAAUUGCGCAAAUGCCAUUGUCGUUUGGGUCAAGGGUGAUGUAUACCGGUGGGAUGUUGCUUAGGUUGAGGUUCUUAAUCUUGUCGCUUCCAUCACAUAUCGAGAAGGACUUGGUCCCCCGUGACGCAGUUGUUUGUAUUCAAAGAGUGAGCAACUUGGUGGAACAGGCACAUAAUCAGCACCCAACGAACCACUUGUUGAAAAAGACAAGAUUGGUUUUGCAGUUGUUUAUCCAAACGUAUGCUACACAAGUGCAUGAUUUGAUUCGCAAGAAUGGCGAAACACCGCAAAAUUUCAAACCCAAUAACCGAGAAACGGUGGAGUUAAAUCGAGUCACAUCCAAUUUUGAAGAUUCGAGGGGUAGACUGAGCCUAACGAGAGACGAGGCACACAGUGUUCCAUUGGACAUUCUUUCUUUUGCUGCAUCAUAUCGACGCGAAGGAAAUCCAAGUGACCGUCCAAGAACGGUUUCUGAGUCAAAGGAAAACCCAGGCACUCCCCAAACUAUGGUUCCCCAGCCAAUUGGGUCACAAGUACCUUUUACAUCUGCUGGCAAUACCCCGGUCAACCAAGUAACGUCACCACCGCCAUCUUCAAUCCCGUUUCAGCCUUUGCAACUACCUGUCAUUCAACCCUCGCAACAGCUACAACAUCAAUCUUUUUUGAAUCACGUGCCAAGCGCCGACACAGGGAUAAACUCUAGCGUUGGACCGGUCGCCACUUCAUCAACCACCAAUCCUUUUGAACCUAAUGCUACGCAGCAGCACACAGGGCUCUCGCCGGGCAGUUUUGACUACAGACAGUUUAGAAUCCCCCUGUUGUCGAAUGCUCUGGGUAUCGGAAACACGGGUCAGAGUGUAUUCAACAACAAUGGCAACAAUCCUCAGCCCCACAAUUUCAAUCCAAAUCUCGCCAACCCAGAUCAACUUGAAAACUCAUAUAUGGUAUUGAAUGAUGAAUUCUGGUCAAAUUUGUUGAGCACAGACUCUACUGAUAGAAUAAAUUUCAGCAGUAACAAUGCCCAUUGGAAUCAGAUGCAAGACGAGGUCUUUUUUGAACCCAAUAAACAUCUCAGUUUGAGCCAAUUGUCUACAUACACAGGUGAAAACAAUGGGGCAAUACUACUUGCAAUAAAUGGUAGUGUAUACGAUGUGUCGUCGAAUAGAGCCGUUUACGGCCCAAAGGGAUCGUAUCACAACUUAGUCGGCAAAGACGCAGCCCGAGUAUUUGUCACGGGAUGCUUCAUGAAACCUGACGAAUACACGUACGAUUUAAGGGGAUUGGACAAAGAGGAGUGUCAAAAGGAUAUCAGGGGAUGGCAAGAAUAUUUUGAAACCCAUCGUGAUUACUGGUACGUGGGGAAAGUUGACUUGACAUUUGAUUUCCUUAGUGAGGACCCACCAAGCCCGUGCAUGCACGUUAAAUUCCCAGGGCAUACGUAA